AAGAGAGAAAGAGAGAGAGAGCGUGCGAAAACAAGUUUAGAUUACCAGCUGAGCGCGAGAUUUUGUUAUCAGUGAACGCGUCGCACUAUCAUCGCGUCCAAAGCGACUUAAAAGGCAAACGGCACUAUCGCAGCCACUCGCAGUGCACAUUGAGACGUCGUCCGGAGCGCAUUUAGCAUUCAAUUCAAUUGAUUCGAAGUUCCAUUUCGAUUUCAGUGAAACUCUUACACCUACAACUCAUUUUGUGCGUCGUGUGCUACGCUGAAAUAACAGCUGACAAAAUGCCAGAGAAACAAAUUGUACCAGUUAUCAGUCGAUUGGAGGAGUUCGAAAAGAAUUUACCAGGUUACCUGGACACACACAACAAGCUGGCCAUAUUGCUGGAUUACGAUGGAACCUUGGCGCCCAUUGCUGACAAUCCGAACAAGACCAAAAUGCCCGUGGAGCUGGAGGCCAUAUUGCGUAGGCUGGCCAAGCAUCCGCAAAUAUUUAUGGCCGUCAUUUCGGGUCGUGCACUGAGGGAUGUGCACGCUCUUGUCAAUAUCGAUGGGGUUACCUUUGCGGGCAAUCAUGGACUUGAGAUUGAGUACCCGGAUGGAUCACGUCACGACUUUGAGCUGCCCGGCGAGAUACAGCGAAACUAUACGGCCAUGGUGGAUGAGUUGAAAGAGCGUGUGGAGAAGAAUGGCGCCUGGGUGGAGGAUAAGCGCGUCUCGCUUACCUUUCACUAUCGCGAUACACCUGCGCACCUGAAGGAUGAGCUAAAGCAACUGGCGGCGGAGAUCUGUCAGCGACAUGGCUUCCGUCCCAAUCAGGCGCACGAGGCCAUCGAGGCGAAGCCGCCAGUUGACUGGAACAAGGGCGAGGCGGCACUUCACAUUCUCAAGACCAAAUUCGGCCCCAAUUGGGCCGAUGAAGUGCGCGUGGUGUUCGCGGGCGAUGAUACCACAGAUGAGGAUGCCAUGCGGGUCCUGCAGGGCUUGGGCCGAUCCUUCCGCAUUGCUGCUGAUGCUCAGAUACAAACCUUUGCGGAUUUCCGUUUGCCCAAGCAGGAUCUCAUGACGGAUCUGCUCAAAUGGAUAUCCACAGUUUACGUCUGUUAGCCAAUUAAAAGAAUCGUUAGUUAUUU